AGGUAAACCCAUAUUUUCGACAUCUCCGAAUAGUACCCCAUAUCCCUAUGGCUGUUUGAAAUCGGACACCGCUGGCGUUGAGGCCCUCGGUUUUUUUUUUUUUUUUUUUUUUGUGCGGAGGGAUACGUUACGUCUGACAAUGUGGACGGAGGUGGUGAAGAUGUCUGCGAGAAGAAUGAAAUCAUCUCAGUUGUAACAACAAAAAAGGAAGACGAGAGAUUAGUUACUAUAAUAGAUUUGUUUGCACACAGACUUUGUUACAUUGAAGCAAGCACGUGGGCGCUGCGUGGAAAAAACAGGCUUUCUCGGGACAAAAGAAAAGACAUCCACUGUGUUCUAAUGCGUUUCAUGCACUGAGGCCGAAAUUCUCUGAAGUUUUAUGUUUUUCCCCCUGCGAGUCUCCGCUUUUAUUUUUACCGCUGGAUACCAGGCACUUGAAGAGGAGAGGGUUUAUUAGAAGCGGAAGGGUAUGAACGAACAGCAGCAAAGAAUGGCUGCAGUGGAAACGGACAAGGAACUCAGCGAUCUCCUGGAUUUCAGCGCGAUGUUUGCACCACCAGUAGCGAAUGGAAAAAGGACAAUGACUCUGGCCAGCACUCAUUUUGCUGCAUCGGAUGAGCGCAGCGGCUCUGGUUCUUGGGGCUCCACAGAACAGAACAGUCCCUCAUUCAGCCAAGGGCGGGCCUAUGGAGAGGGAUCCCACUUCAGUGAACAUGAAAGCUUGUCUUCUCCGUUUAUCAGUUCAGGGAUUACUGGUAAAAAUGAGAGGCCACCUUAUUCUCCCUUUGGAAACCAGCAGGGUUUUCUUCCCAGUGACAUAGCGAUGCCCAGCCCAGAUGCUCUGUCUCCUUCUGGUAUAAAGUCCGGCUCUCAGUUUUACCCGUCAUACUCUAACAACCCCAGGAGAAGGCCGCCUGAUGGAGGUUUAGACACCCAGCCAAAGAAAAUUCGGAAACCCCCUGGCCUGCCAUCCUCGGUUUAUGCUUCCACAUCUAGUGAUGAGUAUGUCAGGGACAACGGAGGAUAUCCUGGUGCUAAACCCGGUACAGUUUAUCCAGGCUCUUUCUACAUGCAAGAAGAUCCCUGGUCAUCCUCUGGCUAUUCUGGCAUGCUGAGCAACUCCCCUCACAUCGGACAGCCUGGCUCGUUCCCUCCAAUCAACCCACAAGACAGAAUGGUGAACAGAAACCUCCUUCCCAAAGUACUCGCAGCACUUCUCCAGAAGCUCAACUCUCUGCUUUUCUCCUUACAGAGCUAUCCUCUGCACGGCAGCGAGGUCAAUGGCUUCCACUCAGCACCCACUACCUACAACCACACACCCACCAUCAACGGAGAGGGCAUCAUGGCCAGCCGAGGUACUACAGCGAGCAGCUCAGGAGAUGAAAUUGGGAAGGCUCUUGCCUCAAUUUACCCGUCGGACCACAACAGUAAUAAUUUCCCCUCAGCCCCGUCUACUCCUGGGUCGCCUCAGACCAUCGCAGGAGCUCAGUCUCAGUGGCAAAGACCAACCACACCCAACUUUGAAGGGCAACCACACACACUGCAAAAUAAAAUAGAAGAUCGCUUGGAAGAGGCCAUCCAUGUGCUGCGCAGCCACGCUGUGGGCCAGGGUCCAGCCUUGGAGGGCGCUCACUCCGACAUGCACAGCCUCCUGUCCUCAGUGCACAAUGGUGGCCUUGGAGGCCUCUCUCCAGCUUUUCCCAACGCCAGCCUCGCUCUCAGCAAUAGACAUCCUGCUAUGCAGGGAGGGAAACAUGAGGAAGCCUCAGGCCUUCCUCCCAGCAGCACUCUCCUUCAUGGGCAUCAUGCAACUGGACCCACACCCUCAGUCGGACAACCAGAAGGCUUUACUAGUCUCCCUGGUGGUUUGGCUCGAUCAUCACACUCCUCCAGCAGCUCAGACAUCAAACGGGAAGACCGAGAGGAUGAUGAAAACUCUUCUGUUGCAGACAAGUCAGAGGAGGAAAAGAAAGACUCUAAGAUGGCACGCAGUCGAACAAGAAAGGAGGCGUUGACCCUUCCGAUGCUAUCUGGCCUAUCGGAGCAGAAAGAUGAUCAAGACAAUGAGGAUGAUGAGGACCUUCCUCCUGAGGUGAAGAUGGAGCGUGAGAAGGAACGGCGAGUGGCUAACAAUGCCAGAGAGCGUCUCAGAGUACGAGACAUCAACGAAGCAUUUAAGGAGCUUGGGAGGAUGUGCCAGCUGCACCUCAGCCACGACAAACCUCAGACCAAACUUCUCAUCCUUCACCAAGCUGUCAACGUCAUCCUCAAUUUAGAACAACAAGUCAGAGAGCGCAACCUAAAUCCCAAAGCAGCGUGUUUAAAACGGCGGGAGGAAGAGAAGGUAUCUGGGGUGGUGGGAGACGCUCCCAUGCAGCUCCCUGGAGGCCACCCCAGCAUGGGAGGGGAUGGCCACAAUCCUGUUGGCCACAUGUAACACCAGAUCUGGUGGUGUCUCCUGGCUGUCAGAGGAUGUGGCCUUAACAGAUUUCUUCCACCCCUUAUUCUCAGCGUGUGUGUGCGUGUGUGGUGCGUGCGCGUGCGUACAUGUCUGUGUUGUCCGUUCAAGUUUUCAAGAUUCACACACUUGUACUCACAUGCAUACUGCCAAAACUGACACAGUGUGUUUUUCACACUCCCAGCCAUGACUACAAACUCAAAUGUGAAGAACUUUUUUUUUCCUUAAUUUUUUUUUGUUUUGUUUUUGUUUUCUACAUGUAAAAUGUUUAAAUUUGUUUAAAUUUUUCACAUGAUGGUUGAACACCAGAGUUAUGUUUUGUCCUGCCACGUUUUGGGACUCCACACACUGCCAAGAGGUGCUCUGGUGGAGGGAGGAAAAAAAAGGAAAAAGGAGGCAUAAACAAACACAAACUGAAUUGAGGAUUUGUGCCUAAUUGUUACAUGUUUUCUAUUUUACAUUAAGGCAAAAUUGCUGUACAUUUGAGGAACAUUUGUGAGGGACUGCUUAUGUGUAUGAGCAAUUAUUUUUAAUGUAUGUCAUUCCCAGCGUGAUGGUACAGUCUUACAUAUGUUAUGUAACACAUAGUUGAAGACGCAUUGUCUAAAUUCAGUGACCUUUUUGCAUGCGUGCGUUUGGACAGAGGCAGAAAGGUCAGCCAACUUUUUUCACAUUUCAAAUCCAGCUUACCUGAAAGUUGGGAACCCCUUGACUUUGAGCCAGUCCUGAGGCUCAGACCCGGUCUCAACCUACAAGGCGUCUGGAGACUUGGAAUCAAAGACUUCUUCCUGGAAACUUAUGAAUUAUCCAAGAAAGUAGAAUCCGUCAACAAAGACACACUGUUCUUCCUCGUUGUUGACCAGCCAUUCUAGUGUUUCUCCAGCAGCCCUUUGUUGUACAGUCGGGUUUUUGUACUGCUUUAUGUACUAAAGCAUUCAGAUGAGACAAAGCACAGUUGUAUAGAUUUAGGCAGUUAACUUGUAUCACAUUUCACUCCCUAAAGGUCUUGUAUUAAAGCUACUCAAAUCGUUUGGAAGUGAUCAGCACUACUUGGUGCUGGUGAAAUGUUUUACUGACAGUGCCAGCAGACUAAACAGCUCAAGUCUUUCCCCUUUUAUUGAUGAUCUGUAAAAUACAAAAAAAAAAAAAGUUUAUUUUUCGCCACAGUUGUUAAAGCAGACUUUGUGUAAUUCCUAAAUGACCAUUCCCACUGAAUUACAAACCCCUCACCUUCCUCCCUAGUCGGCGUGUUCUCACCUUUCUUACCGAGAGAAGUGUGACGUGUAAAUUCACUUCAUGCAUUAUUCUGUUGCAUUUUUCAAAAGUAAAUAUAUAUAAAAAUAUAUAUUUUUUGUUAGUCUAUACAUUGUAGAUUUUUUACAUAAAUGGCGAUAUUAGUUUGAAGUUUAGAGUGUAUUGUAGAUGAGCUGUAUAAGGGGAUAUUUAACAUUUAAAUGGUGUUCAAAAGUUGAUUUGACAUCGAACUGGGAUGACAGAAAAAAAAAGAUCAACAGAUAAUAAAGUGUUUGUAUAUCCUUUUUUUUUAUUCCAGUUUUAGUUGUAAGGCGCAACAAAAGGAAUGCCUUCUUUCCAUUUAGGCAUGAGUGAGCAGAGUUUGUGCCGCAGUCAUGUUGAGGUGGUCUUACUUUAGCAUUGAGGCACUGAUUUAAAAACAAUGGAAAGGGAUUUUUGUCUCCAACAGUAAUUAUGCAACAGGUUUUUGAAUGUAGCUAACCAUACAAAUGUGGAUUGCCUUCAUUUUCAAAGUUGUGUUCUUGGGUUUUUGUUAGCACAGUGUAAAAGUUUUCAUUUCACAUUUUUCUUGCGUCUGCCCUCGACCGAGUGGCUCUCAGUGUGCAGCUCACUUCAGAGGCAGAUGUCUGGCUUUGUAUGUAAGGUAAUAUUGAGAACAAAUCAGUGUUAUUGUGAUGUUAUUCCCAUGUCAUGAUGUGGAUGGUUUCUUUUUACCAACAUGUAAUCACAAGUGGGAGGUGGAGCAUUUUUUGUGUGUUUAUUUUUUACAAAAAAAAAGAGAAAAAAAAAAGUGAUGAAGAAAAAGACCUAUACAAAUCAAUAGUGUGGCCUUUUCAUUCUCAAGACUUAAGAUGUCAUGAUGGGAGAGUGAUACCUUAUCAGUGCCUGAACUUGUUGUAUUUUUCAUUUAAGACAGUUUUAUGUUGUGAACCAUAUCAUUUCAUUUAUCUUGGAGAUUAAAGAGGUACUUGUUCAUUCCCCCAUCCACCCUUAAUACUUUUUUUUUUUUUCAAUUUUUUGAGGAAGAAGUUUAAAUGGUAUAAAGAGAUUUUCUUUCUGUGUAUCUAGUUAAAUAAAUAAAUGUUAAGCAGAUCUGGUUUAGUUUUCUUUAAUUUUUGACCCUUCAGCUGGUUUACAAAGUCCAAACUGCUGUUUUAAUCAUGAUCAUGGGUCCAGAUUAUACUCGCCUUAUUCCGAAUAUUUAGGAAAGGCUGCCUUUUGGCAAUGAUUAAUAUAAUUCAGUAUGCAUAGCUUUGGUUUCAGUGUCAAUUUUAUUUCCCACAGUAGCUGAAACGUCUAAAGUCUCAAAUACACAUUGAU